AUGACAGCGAUCUCAGACUCCGGAUCAGGCCCUUCAUUAACCUCAGGCGCCGUCAGACAGUGCGCCGUUUUGCUGAUGUACGUCGACGUGGCACAGAGGGCGCAAGCAGCUGGCGAUGAUUGGUUCGCCCACGAAGUGUACUUUAUGCGCGACGCGCUGAUGUUCUGUCGGUUCGAGCAUGCUGUGAGCGGCGCGGAUGCUGGGGCGGCCCGGGUUCUGCGAGUCCUGAAGUAUUGGACAUUUGCGUUUCGAGGUGCAGGCCAGCACAACUAUGCACGGGAAUGUGUGGAGAUCCUUGUUCGAUGGAAAUACGAGGUGACGGAUACAAUGCGCACCGCUUUGGAGAAGGCAUGGUUCGUGAACCGAUGGGGCAAACCUGGGCGCUGGAUCGCUGCGGAUCUCUACUUAGAGCAAUGCAAUUUCUGGGUCAAACGUGUCUUCAUAGCCAGCGGGAAUGGCAAGACGGUGGGCUACAUCAUGAAGAAAGGCUCUGCCUGUGUCGAGUCAUUUCGGCACAUUUCUCACCUGUUUGCAAACUCAUUUGGAGACCCGGAUCAUCAUCGACGAUCCAAGGAAGCAGCUUUUCAGCAAGAUAUGCGCGUCUUGGUCGAAGCGAUGAUUGCAGACAGUGCACAUGUCAUUGCUGCUGACAAACACUUUGUACCUGCCACUGGAUCUGGAGGUAAAGCGGCGAAGAAGACUCAGUCUGGAUCUCCACGCUCUGCCAUUGCGGACGUGAUGAAUCUCGGUGCGGAGGUCUGGCAGAAUGGGAAGUUUGCCGAGUACCUUCAAAACACUGUGUACGAUCCACAACUAGGCUAUCCAAUGGUCUCACGAGAAUCGGAGACAACAGUGAAUAAUAGUACUUCUAUUUUUCAUACGGAUACCGCAUUCGACAGUCCCACGAACCCUUUAGAAUACAAUAGCUAUGUUGAUUUACUUGGAGCGGAGGAUGAUAGGAGCAGUGGUAUGCAAGGAGGUCUAGGUGGUGGUGGUGAAUUUGCGACGGGGAUGGAAGAUGACUGA